AUGUUUAUAUCUGGUGUCGGCCUUGUACGAGACAAAAACACGCUAGGAGGAACUUUCGGUGACAUCUACCGGAGCAUCUAUGAAGGUAAAUCUGUAGCCCUGAAGCGGUUGCGUAUUUUCCGGAUCUGCGAAAGAUCGAAAAUUUAUCGAAAAUUUUGUAAGGAAGCUCUGGUUUGGCAGCAACUUUCUUUCGAAUAUGUACUUCCCUUCCUUGGCAUCGACGCAGAAAACUUUCCGAGGCAACCGUGCAUGGUAUCGCCCUGGAUGUCGAAUGGGACGGCCCCUCAGUUUCUCAAACAGAAUCCCAACGCCAAUGUCGAUAAGCUGCUCUUUGAGAUUGCCCAGGGUAUUGAAUAUCUCCAUUCUCAGUCAGUCGUUCAUGGGGAUAUUAAAGGCGGUAAUAUACUAAUUGAUGAACAUUGGCAUCCUCGUCUCGCAGAUUUCGGGCUGACAGUUUUCGGCGAUGCUACGAGACAAUUUACCACCGAUCAAGGGGGGACUCUGCGCUGGAUGGCUCCAGAAUUGUUGCGCCCCUCGGAAAGCUUCAAACGAACGUUUUCCAGCGACGUUUAUGCAUACGGCUGUGUUUGCGUAGAGCUUUACUCAGGCCGGAUUCCAUUUUCUGAUAUUAAACAUGAAGUCCGCGUCAUAGAACUAGUUCUGAGCGGAGAGCUUCCUACUCGGCCGGCCUCCAUGAAAGUGGAUUUGUGGGAUCUCGUUUGUGCGUGCUGUGAGAAUGGAGCUGAUACGCGGCCCCGAGCGUCAGAAAUCGUCGAAAUGCUCAGAACGUUCUUGCGUGAAUCAGCGACAGAACCAGGCCUGAUGAAAGGAUACGUCUUUUCCAAGUUGAGAUCCAGCUCUUCGCCGUUGACGCGGGAGAAGUUCACGUUUGGUCUAUCUGGAUCGUCGGAUGGCAACAGCAGUCCUGGGAGUUUGAAGCCGUUGCCGUUUCGUCCAAGAUCGCUUCUCGGCCAGACUAUAGAAGAGCGCAGUGAAGAGCGCUCUGCCACCCAUCAACUAUCACCUACAGCCGAAUUAUUUAAGGAAGAAGACGACUACAGAAUGCGGCUGUUGCAGAUACGAAUGCACGCUGAUCCAAUGAGGUCGUAUUGUAAAUUCGUCAGGGUUGAGCGAGGGUAA